UCUAUUCUCGUCAGGGCAUUGUGCGCCAGCCCUUAAAAUCAGGUGCUAACUGGACGGUAUUGCGCACACCAUCAUGGUCAAUGCUUCCCUUGGGUUCAAGCAACAGUAGUGGAUUUCCGCUUUCUGUGGUAACCUCACCUCCACUCGGGGGUGGCUACUUAAUACCCUUUCCUGAGGCCUCUUGUGAUGGAGAUAAAACUCAGAACUCUGUAUGUCUGGACCUUCCUGAUGGACCACAUGGUUCUCUUGCAUUGCCUGUAGAUUCAAAUAUCAUGGGCCCAGAAAAAUUUAGUGCAUCUUCUAGACAA